AUGUUUUAUUAUCCGAACGUGCUUCAGCGUCACACAGGCUGUUUCUCUACUAUUUGGUUGGCAGCCACUAAAGGCAUAAGGAUUUCCAGAAGAGAAUAUCUCAAGGUCAGCGUCGGGAGAACGUGUGAGGACAUUGUGGAUUAUGUGAUGGUCCAGGUUCCUCCUGUCCACCCCAGUCUUCCCCGGCCCCGUUUCUCUCUCUAUCUUUCCUCUCAGCUGCAGUAUGGCGUGAUCAUUGUCUACCAUCGCCAGUGUGCUUUUUUGUUGGAGGAGGUCCAGCAGACCAUCGAGCGGCUGCUUCGCUCAGAGAGACACAUGCGCAUUGACAUGCCGGACACUGAUAGGUUGGUGCUGAAUGUCCCUGACUCUCUGUUCCAGCUGGAAGAGGGAGAGUGGGCACUGGAACCGUUCUUUGGAGUGAUGGGUGUUGAAUGUGAGCUGCCGAGUCCCUACAUGUCACCACAGCUGUUUAUGGAGGCCUCAUCUCCUCUGGUGUUCAGAAAGGAAAUUGCAGCACCUAAAGGCCUCAUUGCUUCUCCUGAAUCGAUCACCAUCAAAGACGCAUUGCUGGUGCCUGUGCUUCCAGUUGAGUUUGGCGGGGCAGAGUUACCUGAGGCCACAGCUCAUGAGAUAGACAUGCUCAUGGAACAACAAGAUCAGUUCCACCUUGGAGAUGAGGAAGACAGAGAGAGAGAGAGGGCGACAGAGAUGGAGAAAUCAGGAGAGAUAGAGCCGGCUAUGGUCUCCAUAGAACAACUGAAGAACAGUGCAUGCAUCAUGGACGAGGGGACUGGACGACUUACAGAGGUCACCUUAGAUAGGGUCACUAUGGAGAUGACCCCUCCCCCCUUUAUCAUGCCACCAACCACAGAGGCCAGCGAGAGAGACAUAGAGCAAGCACAAGAGAUGGAGUGCUCCAGCGAGACCCUCUUAGUGGACGGACCUGUGACUUUGAAAAGACGAGGUCGCAAACGACAACUUCUCUUUGCCGACCAACACACACAGAUAACCCAGGAUGCCAUGCGACAACAAAUCAACAAUCCUCUGAUUGAAACUCAUUCUCUGUCUGAUGUACUCCUACGUAUUCCUGCCUCCCUGAAGGCAUCAGCAGCAGUUCUGCUCAGCACACCAUGUAACUUGCUCAUUCACCCUGACCUCCAGUCACUGUGGAAAUGCCGCAGCAUUCCUCCUACCCUACCCCGUUCCUCAAGGAAACGGCGGGCACAGGAGGAGAGUGAGCUGUCAGAAAUGGAGAGAGAAAGAGGAAUGUUUGAAAAGGAGAGGAGCAGGGAGUCUAGCAGAGAGAUGGUCAGGGAGUCUGGUGAGGCUGCUCUGGUUCUGUCUGAGCUUUCAGCUAGCUCAGACGUGCCACUGGAUUUGUCUAAAGGAGACAAGUCUCAGAAUGACCUCAUCACUCCUAUCGGCAGAUGGUCUCCUAUUGAAGAGGUUCCUGUCUCUAUGGAGGUGAUAUUAGAAGAGCAUGUUGAACUGCCACAGGGAGAGACAGAGCCUGAGAAAGGAGAAAUCACCACCUCUGAGCUCCUCAGAUUGAUCAUUAGCUUCAUCAAGCACUCUGGAAAGGUCUCCUUUCACUCACUGCUGCCCCCAGAGACAGAGCGAAGAACUCCAGCUCAUCUGUUCUACAAAAUGCUGGAGCUGAUCUGUGCUCAGAAGCUAAGUGCAUGUCAGACUGAACCGUUUGGAGUGAUCACCAUUACCAUGAACCACUGAAGAAGAUACACACCUCAAGUGCAAACAUACUGACUUUUGAACACACAUUCAAACACGCGAAACUAAUCUAGCAAAUUGGGACUAUUAUAUUGUUUUACACACACACUGUUAUGCUGAAAUAAAUAGUUCAGAGGUCAGUUAGCACCAUUUAUAGCCUAGAAAUAUGAAAUAUUCACAAAUAAAACAGAGCAAAUAGAAAUUCUUUAAUUUUAAAAUACUGUUUGAUAAUGUUGAGAAUAUUCGAUCAAUACACAACAAUCGGUUGCUGUAAUUUUUAUCUUUAUGAUAAUUGUCUUGAAUUGCAGUUACAUUUUUAUGAAUUUUAAUGUUUUUAAAAUAAUAUUUGUUUUAAUAUAUUAACUUGUUUGUAAUUGUUUGGUUUUUAUAUAUUUAAAUGAAUUUAUUAGUACCUUUUUUUUUAUCUUUUUUUUUUUUAAGAUUGUUUUUUAGAACAAAAAACUUUUUUAAAAUGUAACGUGAGAAAUAGUUGUGUAAAACAGAUAUGUUUAGCUGUUUCCUUGUCAUGUGAGAGAUGUUUAGUGAAUCACCCAGAAAAUGUUGAAAUGCUAUUGCAAUAGACUAACAUACUAUAAAUGCAAUCAAAAGUGAUGUUCAUUAUGUGUUUCUGUUAUAUGUGCUAUGCAAGGUUACCAGCAUUUGUUGUCAGUUGUCAGAUUAUUUUCUACACUUCUGUUGUUUGAGUCAUCCAUCACAUGACAUAGAAAUUAAGGUUCUGUUACAUGUGUACACGCCAUCUCUUUCCUAAGGCCAAUAAAGAUC